CCUAAGAUUCUAUUUGUAACAAGCGCGAAAAUACUUAACAAGAACGUGCUACAAUUUAGUGAUAGCCAAUGUUAUUUAUUUUCUACUGAAGAAAUUCUUGUAAAGUUUUUAUGGAUACUAGUUUUUAUACGAUAAUUUCAUUUAGAGACGAAUGUACAUAGCUAAAGGGCAUAAUAUGUGUGCCAGAGGAAGGAAAACGAAUAAAUAGAUGCAAUCAGUAGCUAGUUUUUUAUUAUACCUCAAUAAUUACGUCCUGUGAAGCAACCAUCGACUCGAAUCAGCGUUGUUUAGUGGAACAUUAAUGGUCGAUGUUGGUCAGUAGAAUCACAGGAGAUGGAAAGUUUAGCUGUAGUAGAAUUGUGAAUGUACCACAGCGAAAAAGUAUAUUGAAAAAUUCUAAGUAUGAAAUCUAGAGUGUGCAGUGUCCUGAUUUCGUUUUGCUUGCACUUGGUCUUCCAACGAUCUGAUGGUGCCACGGAAGAAAGGUUUCCUGUAGCAAAAGGGUUCCUGGCAUAUAGAACCGUUUCGACGUUUCAGAAAUAUUGCACCUGUCCAACGUCUUAUUCGUGUUCCUGUUGCCAAAGUGUAUUUAUUUUAUACACCCAAUCUCAGAAGAAUCUUUGCGUUAAUUUUACCUAUCAGAGAAACGGCUUAAACAUCGACGUGACAUUAAACUCCGAUACUAUAAAGGCCAGAACAGUUACAAAUUAUAAACCAUUAAAGUUUUGCACCAAUAUACCAGGAUGUUACUUCUCGUCUGCUUGCGUGAAUAUUUUGGAACUGAAUAAAUUUCCCAGGUCGAUCACAGCUUGCCUUCGAUUGGAUAUCUCCUCCAAGAAACGACUGUGGCAAUUGAAUUACGAUUGCAUUAGCAUAUCAACGGAGUUACCAAUGAUGCCGAGUAAUUCAACAAUAUCAAUGACCAAUGCAACUACUGCAAUGCCUACAACAACUACCGUUGGAAUGACAACUACAAUGUCUAGCAUUCAAAUGACGAUGACUACGACAAUGAUGUCCAUGAAGACUGUAGCAGAAACUGAGGAAACUACUGUACCAGGAGAUGUAGAAGUGAUACCGACUACAGAAAUUAUGGACAUCGAUUAGAUAAUUAAAAUGAUGUAGUAGUUGGUAGAUUAAAUAAUAAUGCACAUUAAAUAGAAAGGUAUCUCUUACAAAAUACAACUUGAUUGGGAAGAAAUUUUAUU